UGUAAAAGCCAGUGCCUUAGUUUCCGCCUCUUUGCUCCUCCGCAGCAACAACCCUUCUGAUCUCUUUCUCUACCGAAUCAAAUCUUUGGGUACAUUGUGCUGACUACCUCAGCUGGUAUCAUGGACCAUGAAGAGGCUAGGAGAAAGAAUGUUGGUGGAAAAGUUCUUGGUUUCUUUUAUUGAGUCAUGUUGACAAGAAUGAAAACUUUGGUUUUGUUGUUUGUUGGCUCGUUGUAUCAGACCUUUUUCUGUUAUUCUUUUUCUUGUUACCAUCAAAUUUAGUAGGGAUUUUAUUGAAAAUUUUGGGAGGACUAUCUGAUUUUGUUGAAAAAGUUGCGGGUGCUUAUAGCCUGUCGAGACAAGUGACAUCUAAAGUUGCAGAUGUUCGUGCUUGUGUUUUUUUAAUCCCAUAUUGUGUUAAGAGUAUAUCAUUUGUGCAAA